UUAAUUCAUGUAGAUAAUUUUGCAAACGGAGCUUGAUGUAAGAAAAUGGAGCGCGCGCUUUGUUCAUUUGGUAACACUGUGUGACAAAAUCAGUCGAAGAAAUGUAAUUGAUGUGAUUUGAUACUUACUCUUUAUCCAGCAAAACAUUUUCGCAGAACGCAAUAGAAUCUUGCUUGUAUUUCGCAAAAGUGUAUACCGGUGAAAAUGUAACCGGUACACCACACAAGGAGAUUUGUAUAUAAGAACAGUGCUCGUUAUAAAAUUUCCGCUCAGACGACAUAGUAACACUCCGGUAUACACAUAUUCAUAUUUUAUUGGAAUUGGACACCGUGAGAACGAUAAAAAAAAUACGCAAAGAUGCUCUUUCAUUAGUCGUAGUCCGAAUUUCUGCUUCAGCGAUGUAAGGAAUUCGAAUAUAUUCUCUUUACUGUGAUAGAGAACACUGUAGUAAUCUGGCAAGAGAAUAUUGUGUAUACUGUGUUAAACCUCAGCUGGGUCUAGAAUUUCGUUGCGAUAUCUCCGUAGAUGAAGAUGAGCGGAGAUAUGUUUGAGGGAAAGGAUUAUCCGACCCAGUGGGCGCUCAAUCCCACCGCCUAUCAAAACAUGAGUAACGAUCAAGUGGAUUGGGCAGCUCUGGCGCAACAAUGGAUCAAAAUGAAAGAGACAGUCGUACCACCAGCACCACCACCACCAACUAUAAAUCCCAUAUAUUCCGCAAAUGAUGGCAGUGGCGAAGCACCAAUGGAUAUGGAUACCAAAGAUGAUGAAGUGCCUCCAGCACCGCCUGCACCAACUAUCAGUGGAUCUGAAGCCUGGACUCAGUGGAACCAGUGGGGUCACUGGAACACUUCAGCAUCUGGAACAGGAAGUUGGGAAUGGAGUGGCGUACCACCACCUGGUGUCACUAUAGGUCCUGAUGGCAAGCCAAUCGGACUUCCAGCUAUGCCAGUUAUACCACCUGCGCCAACAAUAUCUACCACCACUGAUUUUAAUACGCCCCCUCCUGCUACACCGUCUCUGUAUUCGUACAAUUCAGUGUCACCGGCACAACCGUACAAUCAGGUUACUAAUUAUUGGUCUGGAGAUCCACCUAAUACAAUAUCAUCACAACCACCUCCUUUCAUGAAGAGUAUGAGGCAUACAAACAGAACACCGCACAUGAGAGUAAUGGAUCCGGUUCGAUGUCGAGAUGAUAGAGAAAAGACACCAGAAGAGGAUACUACUACGACUAUAGAUGCCGCAAAACGGAGACAAUUACCAGCAUGGAUUCGUGAAGGACUGGAGAAAAUGGAGAAGGAGAAACAGAAGGCUAUGGAGAGAGAGCGGCUAGAGAUCUUGAGAAAGCAAGAAUUGGAGGCUCGCAAGCAAGCAGAGGAUGAAGCGUGUGCAGUGCUUAAUCCUAGCAAGAGUAAAUUUGAUUCUGAUUCCGAGAAGGAGACUGAACAGGACUUUGAUGUAGCGAGUAGCGCACGCGGACCGCAAUCCGUAGAUAAGAACUAUGAUCGCACCCCGGAUAUAGUUGUUCGGCCGCGAAAGUCACGAUUCAGAGAUGCUGACUCACCAGAAUCUCACGCGGAUGCCGACGAGAGUCCAACUGCCACGACUAGUGCGGUUCCAGCGGUCGCUACCAGAUCGCAAAAGCGAUCUCUAGAUGAGAUUUUCCAGGAUGUGAUGUUGAAAGUAAGACGAUCGCUGACGGAAAUACUUUUGGAGGUAACGAACGAAGAGAUUGCCGCAGUAUGCAGAGAGGUUUGGAGCCGCGCACGUGCCAAAGUCCCCGCAGGAGAGAUCCCCGUCGCAUCCCUCAACAACACGGCUCCUCUUGCUCAGAUCACUCGCAAGCUCGGUCUGGGCAUCUAUGGCGACAGUAACAGCGAGUCCGAGGAAGAGCAAAGCGAACAUGCACAGAUUCAUGAUGACGACAGUGACGAGGAGUUGAAGGAAACGUUGAGACGUCGACAGCAGGCAUUUCGUAAGACGGAGGAGGAAAUUGAGGCGCGUCUUGCUGAGGAGGAAGAGAAUGAGGAACAGCGUAGUUACGAGGAGCAAAACAGUAGACAACAAGAAAAUCAUACCGGUAAUACUAGCUGCCGGGAGUCAGUUGAUGAAAAAGAAACGGUAAAUAAUCAAAGAGAAGCGUCCGAAACUUUAUCGAGCGGCGGGCAAAGUCCACAAACGAUGGCGCCGCAGAACGCGCCGACGGCCGACGGCCAUCAGCAGAUGACGAAAACGAGCAGCACCGUGUCGGGAUCGGCCGACUCCGAGUCGAGCAGCACUGAAUCCACGAGCAGCUUGUCCGAAUCGAGCCGCGAGUCCGCCAAGAAACAUGACAAAGCGCGCAAAGCAAGCAAGCAGCUGCAAUCACAGUCGCAGCAACGCGAGCCGCAACAGCAGCAGCAGCGCGGUUAUCACCAGCGGCGACGAAAAUCCAAGAGCAGGAGCAAGUCGCGAAGUGGCAGACGCUCCAUCAGAUCGUCGCGCUCAUCCGAACGCGUGGCGCAUAAGAGGCGUUCGCGCUCGAGAUCAGCCAAGUCGCGUAAGAACUAUCGUUCGCGAUCCUCGCGUUCCUCCAGUGAUCAUAGAUCCAACAAGAAGCGUCGCACAAGAUCGCGCGAUCGGAAACGCGCGAGAUCGCGCUCACGUAGCUGCCGACGCUCCAGAUCGGUGUCUCCCGACGAUCGCAGGAAGUGGUCGCGAUCGCGCUCCCGUAAGAGAAAAUCUCGCUCGCGUUCCAGAGAUAGGCGGAGGAAUAGUCGAUCACGCAGCAAAUCGCGCGUAACAGCGAAACGAAGAGGAUCGCGCUCAAGAUCACGUGGAGGCGGCAGGGAGAGAUCGCGUAGCCGUUCGAGGGAUCGCAGACGAUCGAGAUCGUAUGUUUCCAGGAGAAGUCGACGGCGGAGCAGCCGAUCCAGAUCGCGGGAUCGAAGUAGAAAAUCACGAUCCAAGUCACGACAGUCGAGCCAUCGCGAUGGUAAGAAGUCGUCACAUCGAUACAGGAAUUGAGCCUGAUCUGCUCUCCUAGCUCAAGCAUCUUCCACACUGGCUUCCGCUCGGCUUCAACGUUUCACUAUGAUUCAGUUCAACGUAUAGCCACACUAUUGUGGUACAGUUUUAAUUUUUGAAUAUAUCACAUUAAAUUUUCUCUUAAAUAUAGUGUAUUAUAAAAACGUAUAACAUAUAAUAAAUAGCAAUACUUGAGGGUA